AUGGAUGCCCUGCGCCAGCCGCACCACUGGGCCCCGGCGUCGCUGCCGGCCGGGGUGGUGUCCUACUCGUCGGGGUCGGCGCCCCGGGGGGCCGGGCUGGCCCGGACGCCGGUCGGCCGCGGGGCGCACCUACGCUCGCGACUGACCCUCGGCACGCGGUACCCCUCGCCGGGGCUGGCCCCGGCCACGGUGUCGCCGUUCUUCCGGCCGGGGCCGGCCGGCGCGCCCGGGCUCGGGCCGAGCCCGGGCCCCCGGUCCUUCAGCCCGCUCGCCAGCCAGAUCCUGCCCUGGGAUGAGGCUGCCCCCUCGGCGGGGGCGGCCACCGGCGGCGGCCACGACGACGACGGCCACGACGUCGAUGGUUAUGAUGAUGAUGAUGAUGAUGAUGAUUUUUCGCGCGGCUCCGGGAACAGCCUGGAGCCGAUGGCCCUGACCGGGCUGCAGCAUGCCCUCUUCCCGCCGGACCUGGGGCCGCUCUUCGUGCACCAGCCGCAGGAGGCGGCCUUCGCCGGGGGGGACCCGCUGAAGCAGCAGCAGCAGCAGCAGCGGCAGUGGCGGGCGCCGGCCGGGCUGUCGGCCGACUGGCCGCGGCCGGUGGCCGCGUCGCACCCCGGGUCCGGGCGGCUGGCCACCGCGUCGCCGGGCCCCGGCGGGCUGAUCACCCUGACGGCCCCCUGCUGGGAGGGGUCCGGACAGGGCCGGCGGUCGGUGGUGCUGGGCCGGCCGCUGUGCGCGUCGGUGCCGCUGGCGCGGUCGGUCUGCCCGGUGGUGAGCCUGGCCUUCUCCGGGUGCGGGGCCUUCCUGGCCGCGGGGCUGGCCUCGGGGCUGGUGGCCGUGUAUGACCUGGGCGACUGGCCGGGGAGCCCGUGGCCGGGGCUGGCCCCGGCCGAGGAGCAUGGCCGGCGGCCGGCGGCCGGGCCCCGGUCGCUGGCGGAUGUGGCCCGGCAGCCGGGCCUCCGGCAGCCGGUGGCCUACGCCCAGUGCGAGGACCCCGGGGCCGAGAUCACGGCCCUGGCAUUGGCCCGGCUGCCGGCGUGUCUGUCCGGGCCGGGGCGGCUGCUGCCCCGGUGCGAGGGGUGCCGCCAACGGCAUGCCGGGGGGCCGGCGGCCCGGCAGCCGGGCCCGGGGGCCUGGCCGGUGUGGCCGGACUCGCCGCUGGUCCGGCCGCUGGCGGGCGGGCUGUCGCCGGGGGACCCGCCGGGCGCCGGGCCGGGGGAGCCAUGCCGUCGUGUGGCGCUGGCCGUGUGCCGGGGCUCGGCCGGGGCGGUGUCGGUGUUUCUGGUGACGCCGGGCGGGCCGGCGGUCCGGCGGCCGGUGGCCACCGGCCAAGCCGCCGCCCCGGUGGUGUGGGCCGGGUUCUGCCCGAGCCCGGACGCGGCGGCCGGCUUGGCGGAUGACCUGCCGCUGAGCCUGCCGGCUCGGCAGUCGGCCGACCUGCCGGGGCUGUGGCCGGCGUCCGGGGCCGGGUCCCAUGCCGGCGGGGGCUUUUCCCAGCUGGCCGAGGAGCUGUACUCGUUCAUCGGGCCGCUGGCCACGGUGGCCGGGUGCCCGGGCUCGGUGGCCGGCGACCCGGUGCACUUUUGGAAUGCGGCCGAAUGCCUGCGCAGUGAUCUGCCCCAGGGGCCCGGGGUGCCGGAUGCCGGGGCCUCGGGCCGGGGCCUGCCGGUGGUGGGGGCCUCGCUCGGGGCCGAGGCGGCCGGGCCGGCGGCCGGCGAGGCUCUGACCGCGGCGGUGGUGGUCAAUGGCGGCCGGCGGCUGCUGUGUCUGACGGCCGGCGGGCAGGUUCUGUCGGUGGCGGUCCCCCGGCGGUGGGCGCACUUUGACCGGCUGCGCUUUGGCCGCGGCCCGGGGCCGAGCUGCGUGGGGUUCCAUCUGCCGUGGCCCGGGGGGGCGGAGGAGCCGGCCGAGCGCCGGGCCGCCUCGGGCGCCGGCCUGCUGGCCGGGCUUUGCCUGCAUGUGGCGGCCAGCGGGUCGGUGGUGGCCGUGGCCCGGGGGUGCACGGUCCUGCUGGCGGACCUGCCGCUGCUGGCCAACUGGCGGCAGCUUGACCUGGCGCCGUUGGUCCCGGGGGCGGCCCCGGGCGAGGCCCCGGCCGGGGCCGGCCCCGGGCCCGGGGCCCUGCUGCCGAGGCUCCUGUCCGGGCUGGCCGAGGCCGCGGUGCGGCUGCCCCGCCGGGCGGCGGCGGCGGCGGCCCCGGCGGCGGCGUCGACCUCGGCGGCGGCGGCGGCGGCCUCGGCGGUGGUCACCUUCCUGGAGGUGACCGAUGCCGGGGGCCUGUCGGCCAUGCUGACCGGGCGCCUGGUGGUGGAGGGGGUCCGGCUGGCGGGGCCAUCGGUGGCGACGGCCGCCGGGCCGGCGGGGCAGCAUCUGGUCGCGCGCGCGGCCGACCGGGCCGAUGCCCACUUCCUGCACUUGGCGGAUGUCCACACGCCGGAGGGCGCCCGGCUGGCGGUGUCGACGCCGGUGGAGGCCGGCUUCUUCCCGGUGGAUGUGGUGCAGGAGCCGCGGGUGUUGGCCGCGGUGCCGGGCCCAUGCCCUGCCGGCGGGUGGCCGCUGCUGGCCGGGGCGGAUGGGGCGGUCCGGCAGCUUGCCCUGCCGGACCCCGGGGCCGGGUGGCCCUGGGCCGCUGGCUGGUCGGCGGUGGUGGCCGGGCCGGAGGCCGCGGGCGCGGGCGGCCCCGGGCGCCUGGCCCCGGGCCAGCCGGUCCAUGUGUCGCUGGCGGCCGGGCGCCUGGCGGCGGUCGAGUGGCCGGAUGCGGCAUCGGACCGGCCGCCGGACGGCGUGACGCCCCUGUGGCGUGCAUGGGACCGGUCGGUGGCCGAGAUGACGGCCGGUGUGCGGCCGGCGUCGCCCCUGCUCGGGCGGCUGGCCGGGGCGGCGGUCGACGCCGCGCGGGCCCUUGCCGCCCGGCAGCCGGGAGCCGAUGGCGCGGCCGGGCGCCCGGGCCCCGGGGCCGCCUUCGGGGUGACCUGCCUGGCACAGGCGGCCGUCCCGGUGGCGGCCCUGUCGGAGGUGGUCCCCCCCGGCGCGGCCGGGCCCUGGUCCAUGGCGGCCCUGGCGGAGUCCCUGCGUGAGUUGCUGGUGGGGCCGCGCUCGGCCGGGGCCGAGGAUGUCGAUGACGCGGGCGCGGUGCCGCUGGUGCUGGCCGGCCUGCGCUCGGGCGGUCUGGUGCUGUUCUCCGGCGAUGAGCAGGCCGUUCUCUUCGAGCAGGAGGACGCCCAUCCGCGGCCGGUGGCCGCAUGCGAAAUCCAUGUGAAUGACUCGCGGCUGAUCGUGGCCUCGGUGGACAUCGACGGCCGGCUGAGAGUGCAGGAACUCCGGCUGGCGCGCGGCGCCGGGGCCGAGUCGCUGGUGGCGGUCCCCCUGUCGGAGGCGCACGCCUGGAGCCCCUUCCGGUCGGGGGGCGGGCUGCUCGGCGAGUCGGCCGAGAUCCCGUCCGUACUGGCGGAGCUGGCGACCGAACUCCAAGCGCCCGGGCUCGGGGCCGAUGAUGGCGAUGCCGAGGAGGACGGUGGCCAUGGGGCUGGCCGGGCCGCGGGCGGCGGCCCCGGCGCCGGGGAGUGCCCCGGGUCGCCGAGGUCCGGUGGCGGCGGGCCCCCGGCGGCCGGCCCGCCCUCGCAGCUGGGCUUCGCCCAGGAGGGGCACCUGCUGCUGCUGCUGCUGCUGGUGCAGGGGCAUGUGCUGGUGCUGGCCACGAGUCCCGGCGGGCCGGGGGUGCGGUUUGUCGGGCGCCUGGUGACCGGGCGCCCGGUGCGGCGGUUUGCCCUGGCCGGGGCGUGGUGCCACACGGUGUCGGUGUGUGGCCUGGUCCGGACGUUCGACCUGGCGGGCCUCGGCCGGGUGCUGGGGGAGGUGGACCGGCGCCGGGUCCGGCCGGACCCGGGCCCGGGGGCCGCCCUGCCCGGGGGCCAGGAUGCCGCCCUGACGCGCGGCCUGCUCCGGGCAUUGGCGGCCGUGCGGCAAAUGCGGCUGGGCUCGGACCGCGAUGGGGGGGCCCCCCCGGGCGGCGGGCCGUCGGCCGGGCGGCCGAGCCUGGCGGUGGCGGACUUCCGCGUGUACGGCACCGUGGCCCUGGUGGCCCUGGUGAGCCCGUGCGUGGAGGACCAGUACUACCUGGAGGCGCGGUGCGUGUGCCUGGCCACCGGGCGGACGCUCUUUUCGUCGCUGCCCCGGGGCCCGGGGGCGGUGCGGCUGCCGCUGUUUGCGCGGCGCGACGCGCCGGUGGCCAUUUCCUAUGUGGCCGGCAGUCGGAGCGUGGUCCUGGCCACCGGGUGUGCGGUGGUGUCCUUCCGGCUGGCCGGCGGCCCGGGGGCGGUGGCUCGCCUGGAGGCCGGGGCCCGGGCGUCCCCGAGCGCCGGCGACUGGCUGGCGUGCGGGGACGAUCGCGCCGCGGCCCUGGCCUCCCCCUGGAAUACGGACUUCGUGCGGGGGCGUGUUCGUCGUGGGCGUCUGCCGCGCGUGGGCGCCGGCCCGGCGGAGGGCUUGUCGCCGCUGCCGGCGGCACCAGAGGCUCCCUCGGCAUCGACGCACGCCUCCGUGCAAGAGCGGCUCCGCGGCGGCCGGCCGCAAUGGGCCAGCGACCUGGCGUCCCCGGCCGCGGGUCUGGCGGCCGGCAGCAGGGUCGACAGCUCGGCCUUCCUGUCGCCAUACAGCCGGCUGUCGCAGCGGCGCGCGUCGGCCGCCUCCCAGGGGCCGGAGCCGGGAGCGGCCCCGGCCUGGGGCCAGGCCCCGCGUGGGCCCCCUUCCUCCCCCCCGGCCCCGGUGUGGGGCGGGCGGGCCGCCGAGCUGGGCCCGCUGCCGGAGCCCCCGGCGCGUCCAUCGCCCCAUCAGCAUCUGGGCUCGGUGGCAAGCCCCGCCUGGGGGCGGGCCGCGGGCCCACCGGCAUCGCCGGCCGGAGCAGGGGCCGCCGUGGCCGAGCGGAUGCCGCGGCCGGCGCCCCUGCCGGCGGAGGCCGCUCCCGCUCGGCAUCCCGGGUCGGGCUGGGCCCCGGGCGCCGGGUCGCACUCGGCCUCGCCCGGGGUGGGGGAGUCCCCCCCGCGGAUUGUCCUGCUGCCGGACUCGCCGGACAGCGCCGGGCGCAACCGGUCGCCCUUGACGGACAGCCUGCUGAGCCGGAGGCUGAGCCCCCGGCUGGGGGCGUCGCCGCCGCGGGUGGAGGGCUCGGACUUUGGCCGGGCCCUCGAUCCGGGGCGCCUGGCCGGUGCGCCGGGCCCGGGGGAGCUGGCCCGGCCGGCGGACUGGACGCCAUGCCCGGGGUCGGGGGGUCUGCUGGGCUCGCCGGGCCCGGCCGGGAUUCUUGGGUCCCCCUCGCCGGCGGGCGGCCAGCAGCUGCUGGCGCCAGGCCCGGGCAGCCUGCCCGCGCCGGGGGACCUGCCGGCCCAGCGGGACUUGGUGCUGGCCCUGCUGGAGCUGAACCGGUCCAUGACGACCCUGAACCAGGCGCUGGGCGCGAGCCCGGCCUUCCAGGGGGCCCUGGCGUCGGUGCACCAGCACCGGGAGGCCGAGCCGGCCGCCGGGCGUUAUGGUGCGCUGCCGGCGGGGGGGCCGUCGUACGCGGCGCCGGCCAGCCCGGGCCGGGGGGCCGUGACGUUUGUCCGGCGCAAGGGCCCGGCCUUCGGGGGCCCGGCCACGCCGGAGCCCUCGCCCCUCCUGUAGGGGGGGGGGGCGGGCCGUUGCCCGGGUCUCUCCUCCGCUCCCUUCUGCGCGCCCCUGCGAGGGGAGGCAUACACAUGGCACCUGUCCGGAGAA